UGUCUUUCCAGCCAGCAUGGUGACCUGCGAACAGGAUCGAACCGCCAGUUGUUAGACUGUAAACAAGUGGAACCAGGUCUGCUGCUCUGUUCACAUUUGAGUGCUUUAUUUCGCAGAUAUUCAUACUGUGUUCAACAACUGCGGCUGUCAUUUUCUCAGGUUCCUGCUGGUUAGCAUUCACUGCUUGAUGAACUGGAUUCUCAGGACAUAGCCUCUACUUUCAGUUCAUAUAUUGUGUCAUAAUCUGAUAUAAUGGCUAUGCAAAUGCCCUUGGCUGGACUUGUGUUUAUGCACAGACUGAUGAGGAUCAGAUCAUCCAGUCAAAGACAUCUCAGUAACAGGGGCAUACUUGUAAAACUCCUUAAAUAUAGGAGGGACGUAAGAACUUUUGCAGCCAGUUCGAUUAAAUGUAACGAGAAUGAGGGAGACAACGCAGACUCUUCACCCUCGAGCACCAGACUGACUCCCAGGCAAGCGCUGCUGUCCAGAAAGAGGCGACCCCUGUCCCCCCUGGAGAGGAUCAGUGGCCUGCUGCCCCAGGAUGCCCUGACCCCUGAGGUGAUGCAGCUGAGGGAGCAGAACCUGCAAGACCCUGCAGAUGACACAAGCACCCAGGUGGAGGAAAGUGGGCACACGGCAAUCCCUAAAAAGAAUGACUCAGAGACCCAUCAUGCAUCAGAGGCAGCUGUGGAGCCGGACACUUCAGAAACCGUAUUGAACGGAGCAUAUCACGAGGAAAAACGGUUGAUAUCGCCACCCACUCUUCCUGGGGAGACCCUGCUCGUGUUUGGGGAGCUGCUUGUCGCUGAGUAUUGUAAUAACAGGCAGGUGGAGUACAGGAAGUUGUUCAAGCUUCAGAGGGGGGCACGUCUGCAUGGCAACAGGGGGUUCAUCCCGCAUGAUUACAUAGCCGGGCACCCCGCAGGCUGCUUCCUGAAGACACACAUGGGGGUUCCCAUCUUCAUACGUCGGGCCAGUCUGGAGGAUUACGUGCUGUUCAUGAAGAGAGGGCCAGCCAUCACCUACCCUAAGGAUGCAAGUACCAUGCUGAUGAUGAUGGACGUCACAGAGGGAGACUGCGUGUUGGAUUCAGGCUCGGGGUCCGGGGCCAUGUCUCUGUUCCUGUCCAGAGCAGUGGGCUCUAAAGGCAGCGUGCUGAGUUUGGAGAUCAGGGAGGACCACCACAAACAAGCCGUACUGAACUACAGACUCUGGAGGGCGUCAUGGAGUCUGCGACGAGGGGAGGAGUGGCACGACAACGUCCAGUUUCACAACUCCGACCUCUGCAACGCUUCCUCGCUCCUCGCCGGUCGGGGAUUCCACGCGGUUGCCCUUGACAUGAGUCACCCCCACCUGGCUUUAACCACUGUGAUUCCACAUCUGCACUCUGGAGCUGUAUGUGCCAUCUACCUCGCCAAUAUAACACAGGUCAUCGACCUGCUGGAAGGGCUUCGAUGUUUGGCGCUCCCUGUGCUGUGUGAACGCAUCGUGGAGGUUCCAGUCCGACAUUGGUUGGUAGCUCCAGCAAUCCAGAAAAACGGGAGGUUCUGCAUCAGGAAAGUCCCGAUCUUUGACGAAGACCAGGGGGCGCAGGAUGAAACAUCGGACGAAGAAGAGAUGAGCACAGGGAGACAGGCGGCCUUUGGGAGUGUUCCCUACAUUGCCAGACCUCAUCCGGAACAGAUAAGGCACACAGCAUUCCUGGUGAAACUGAGGAAGUGUGUACGGUAGCUGCCCUUCCUGUAAGGAACCUUGAAAAUGAUUGAAUGAUGAUUGUUAUAUACAGUAUCAACCAAAUGAUCUCAUUAUUGUAUAUACUGUGAAAAAUAAAUGAGUUCUAAAUGUUAA